UACAAACAUAUUUUCUUCUCCUGUCACUGGGACGAGACUUUGGCCAAAACCCUUCUCUCCUCUCUCUCGUCCUGUAUUCUAGAUUCUCCCCUCGAACAAACCUCGGUUUCCCGGAAAAUACUCACUUUCCUGGGAAAUUCGCCUCAUGGUUUAAGUCUCUUCUCCGCCUUCGAGUAGUUCCGUACCAUCGUUCUUUAUGCGCGGGUAAAAUGCUAUGGAGAUCCAAUCUGACCACGCGGCACAUAAGACACGGCGGAAAAACCCUCAAGGCACUGGGUUUUCUCUCCUGUUAUCACAGUUCACCGAAGGUUAGUGAAACCCUCGAAUUUUCUCGGGAAAAUGCUAACCAAGACGGUGGAUUUCAGGGAGUUUCUGUAAAGCCACUCAAGCAUGAUACGGUGAAUUCUGUGCUAAGAAACUGUCCUUCUGAUUUGCUUGCCCUGAAUUUCUUCAUGUGGUGCGCCAAGCAAAACAAUUACUUUCACGAUGCUCGAGCAAUCGAUUACAUGGUCGGUGUUGUUGAGAAACUAAGUGUUCGAUUCGAAGGCGUUAGAGGAAUAAUAAGGGGAUUGGAAAGCGUCAGUUGUGUCAUAAAGCCUCAGGUUUUCUUGCUGUUGAUGAGAAUCUUUUGGCGUGGAGGAAUGUAUGAUAAGGUCUUCGAUGUUUACGAAGGCAUGCGUGAUUUUGGUUUUGUGCCCAAUACAUUUGCUGAUAAUGUGGUCAUGGAUGUAUGUUUCAAGCAUGGUUGUGUUGAUAAAGCCAUUGAAGUUUUGAAGGAAACCCCGAACCCUAAUUUCCUGAGUUUUAACAUUGCAUUGGAUAAUCUGUGCAAGAUGGGUGAUUUUGUUAAUCUUAAGGUUGUUAUUAGGAUGAUGAUGAGGAGAGGUUUCUAUCCUAAUACCGUGACUCUGGCAAAUAUCCUCAAUGGAUUCUGCAAAGCAGGAAAUGUCGCCGAAGGCUUUCAAGUUUUGGGCUUGAUGAUUCAUUUGGGGAUUUCUGUUUCUGCAAAUGUUUGGAGUAUGUUGAUUAACGGUUUUUUCCGUUCAAGACAACCUCGGAAGGCAGCCAAGUUGUACAAUAAGAUGCUCGAGACUGGUUGCUGCCCGAGUAUUGUGACCUAUACCACUUUGGUUAAGGGGUUUUGGGAAUGUGGGAUGACUAGUGAUGCUGUUCGUAUGUUGAAUACUGUGAAGUCUAAAGGAUUAGCUCCAGAUAUUGUUCUUUGUAAUGUCAUGAUAGAUUUAUUCACAAAGAUGGGAAGAUAUGACGAUGCUCUUGACGUUUUCGGCAGUUUGUCAGAACAGGAACUUGUUCCGGAUAGAUAUACGUUUUCUUCCAUAGUAUCUAAGACAUGUUUAUCCCGAAGAUUCGAUCUCUUGGAAAUGAUUGGUAAUGGCACUGCAAUAGAAUUAGAUCUGGUUGCCUGCAACUCGUUUUUAAACUAUUUUUACAAGACCAGGGAUCCAUCUUCUGCUGUGAAGGUAUACAAACUCAUGACAGAAGCAGGUGUUACUGUGGAUAGCUAUAGCUUUGUUGGAGUGUUGUAUGCUCUUUGUGGAGAAGGAAGAGCUUCCUAUGCCAUUAAUGUAUAUAAUGGAUUGGUGAAGAAUUACCCUCGUCUUGUCGAUGCUCAUGUUCACACUGCUAUCAUCGACGGGCUAAUAAAGCUCAGGAAAUAUGACCAUGCAGAACACUUGUUCAGACAAUGCAUCUUGAAGAAAUACCCCAUAGAUGUUGUGUCCUACACAGUAGCCAUCCGGGGACUUGUCUUGUCAAGAAGGAUCGAGGAAGCAUACUGUUUGUUUUGUCGGAUGAAAGAAUCGGGUGUUUCUCCGAAUGCAAGAACCUACGAGACUAUCAUCUGUGGUUUAUGCAAGGCAAAAGACACCAAGAAGGCCAAACGAUUAUUACGAGAACUUGUGAAGGAAGGGAUGGAAAUGAAUCAAGAUACUUUGAUCAGAGUGUAUGAACUAUUGUCUAGAUCACGCCAAGGGUUCUUAGAAUUCAGCUGGCUCUUCGAAACCUGGAGUUCGGGUACAAUGAAAAGCUUAGGCAAUUCUAAACCUGGGUUUGUCAAUGUGGAUUCUAGCAUUGUAAGAGCCAAGAAUGGUGACCCUUCAGCAUUGGAUGAUAUGGUAAUGGAUGCAUGUAGGGUUGAUGAUUGGUCGGAUAUGGCUGCUUCAGCCGGUUGAGUUUAAGAAAAAAACACUUACAAACUCAGCUUUCUUUACCAUGAUGGCCUCAGAAGCGACAUGGCAGAAACACAGCUUUCUUUAACAUGGCCUCAGAAGCGGAAAUGGCUUAUCUGGGCUACCACGGCAUGUCCAUCCAGUUUUUACUCCUAAAGAUACUGAUGCUUAAUUACAAGCACCCGUAUGCUUCACUUUGCCAUGUGGGUUUCAACUUUCAACGAGAAAGAUUUACAGUCUGUUACUUGGUGUCAUGACGUGAGUUACAUGCAGAUCCAAUGAAUAAGCUCUGCAACUCCAUUGGCAACAGACAAAAUCAUGCAAACCGGUACAAGUGGUUUCCCCAUUACCGUUCUGACCAGAAACCAGUUUCUCCGACCAAAACACGGAGAAGAAGAUCUCGAGACAUGAUUCAGUAGAUCGAUGGAGAUGAAAACGACAAGAAUUUACUCGAUUUUCGCUCUUUCGAAUGUUCUCUCUCUCUCUCUCUCUCUCUCUCUCUCUCUGUUCUGUGUUUCCGUGUAAGAAUAAGAUCAGUGAGGUUUUUGCCGGCGGAGAGGGGCAGGUGGGGACAUGACACGUGUCUGACGUGUGGGGGCCAGAAAACGACAAAAGACAGUCGUGGGGAGGCGGGCUUGCGUAGCAUCCGAACGUGCACACGUGUACUGUUGCUAACUUCCAUAUCAUUUCUAAACUAAAGCAGGUGUUUUAAAUAAACCGGUUUGGUUCGGUCAAA